UGUUUACUUACCCGACCCAAACCAUUUCCCCACAUCGCCAACCCCAACUCAACCUCAACAAUGGCGAUCGCAGGUCUCCAACGUCUCUCCACCCACCUUCACCGCACCACCGCUACUUCCUCCACUUUCUCUCUCCUCUCCAAAUCCCUCCUCACCCGCACCACCACAACCGCCGCUGCUACAUCCACCGGCGGCUCCAGGAAAGUCUCGGAUCGAAUCGUAAAACUCUUCGCAAUCGAUUUCGAAGGGCAAAAGCGCGAAAUCAUCGGUCUCACAGGACAAACCCUACUGAAAGCCCUAACAAAUCACGGUCUAAUUGAUCCUGCUUCUCACCGCUUGGAAGAGAUCGACGCCUGCUCCUCUGAAUGCGAAGUUCACAUUGCUCAAGAAUGGCUCCAGAAGCUUCCUGAGGCUUCAUAUGACGAGCAGUAUGUGCUGCGUAGGAAUCAGCGCAACCGUGUUCUUAACAAGCACGCCAGGUUGGGCUGUCAGGUUGUCCUCACUCAGGAGCAUCAAGGUAUGGUUGUCGCUCUUCCCGAACCUAAGCCAUGGGAUACUCCCUAAUUUUGUUUGGUUAGGGUCUUCAAGUUCGGAAAUUGUAAGCCUUUCUUUGGUAUUCCAGUAUUCCUUGAUUUUGAUAAUAAGGGUUUGAUACAAUUGACCAAUUUGGGGUGCUUAUUCUGGGUUGUUAUUGUUAUGAUGACGACGAUGCGUAAUUGCUGUUAACAAUGUGGAAUUUUUGUAAGUUCUGAUUAACAUUUGCUGCAUUCCAGAUUCUGUUGAAUUAUUAAACUUUGAAAUUUCUUAUAAUUGGGCAGACUAUGUUGGAUUUAUUGUGA